UAAAGAUCAUGGAGUAUCCUAUACGAUAUUCGGAUACGAUUGACAAGCAAGAUGUAUAUUCGGGAGAUGGUUCAGGCAUUCAAUUCAUUGACAAUACGACUGAUGCUUCCAAAAUUAUUUUUCAAGACGAAACGACUGCAAUGUCGAACAAUAUGAGCAUGCGUGAAAAUCAAUUUGCAACUACAAUAUUUGUAAAUGGAACUAUUCCGAAUAUAAUAUCGCCCUCGACGGGAUAUAAAUACGUUUUGUACAUCGGCGGUGGCCUGUCAAUUGUAUCUUGUUUGAUUGCUUUGUUUACGUAUGCAUCUUCAAGAAAAUUUCGUGUAAAGAGACCGCAUAUGAUCACAAUCAACCUAUGCAUUUCACUGAUAAUAUUUUAUAUCGGGAUCGUGAUGUCAGUAGCAAGCAUGGAUGUUUCUAACAUUUACAGCAUAAACCCUUCGAAGUCAUGUAUUGCAGCGGCUUCCUUAUUUCAAUUGGGAUUGUUAUUUGCAUGGACGUGGGCAACUGUGCAUUGGGCUUAUCUUACGUAUUCUGUUCACAAAAUAGCUGCUCCUCAUAUUUCACAUUUUGUCAUCAAAAUAACCUUACCUGCAUACGGUUUUCCCAUCAUUCUCACUGGAAGUAUUUUAGUCACAAAUUCAGCAUGGGAUAACGCUUAUAUUUCUGCACAAACGUGUUUUUUUAGACUCGGCCAACCACUGACUGCUGUCAUCAAUUUCUUGUACCUAGUGACAUGCUUUGCUAUAAUGGCAUCAUGCAUUGGGUAUUGCAUUGGCCGGCUUACUUGCAGAGACGACAAGAAUCAUGUUGCGUCUACUCGCCUAAGAAUCAAAGGAAGCGUCACUAGAUUGGCCGUCAUCACAACAGGCGUCAUCGCAAUUUCCAUUUUAGAAUUUAUUCGAUCUGGAGUCGUAGAAGCUUAUUCGGAUACCUGGUUUGAAGUUUUCAACGGAAUUGUACUUGGAGCAGCUGGAAUUAUCGUUUCUGUAGGAUUGACAUUGAGAAGCAAAGAAUUUCGUCUUUAUUUGGUGAAGCACAGUCAAUCAACUGUCAGUGUUCGGAGAAUUGUUAAUAACUUUAGUCGAAAAGGUCGGAAAUCCUCACAAAAAUCUCGUUCAAGAAAUCCAAGUUCAUCAUCGAUAAAAUCUUCCAAAGGUGUAAUGUGCGAUGUAGUGAGACCGCCUAAACCUGUCCCUCGUGAAAGUUUAAAAGGAACAGUUUCGAUAUCAUCAGCGCCAAAUAUUCAGCCUAGUUCUGUAAUUUCUCAACUUAAUUUGAAGAGCCAAUCAAAUGAAGCAAUUGUUGAUCAAAAUGAAAAUACUGACUCAUAUCAUGACGUAGGAAAUGUAAACGCUAACAACAUUGGCCCCGUGCCCCGUGAAACCAAAAAGUCUUCUGUGGAAAAAAGAAUGAAGGCAAUAUCGCGAAUAGGUAGCCUACGACAAAGAGUAAUGAGUGCCUCCUUUCGAAAUUCCACACAUCCGCAGGAUUCAAAUGAUACUCCGCCACCGUCCCCUAAGCCUCGAAUGCGACAACAAUUGCCACGUAGUAUGUGUAGGACUCAAGUUAUUCCAGAGAACUUGGUUGACCGAAUAUCAUUGACCAGUGUGGAUCUUGCAAGGCAAUCAUCGUUUUAAUGAUUGUGAGAUGAAGUGACUUUGCCAACAGCUUCGCGAGUGUUAUUUUUUAUUACAAUAUCAGAUAUAUAUCUGUUUGCAAAGUGGGGGCGCAUAUAAAGCGCUUUAAGAUAUACACUCCUCCAAACUCGACAGCGUUGGUAACACCAAAGGCUGUGGGUACACAUCUUAUCAGUCGAUUUGCACAUAUUGACAAUCAAAUUAUAUGAAAAUUCGUCAACAAUUUCCAUUAAGCACAAUAUUGGUGUAUUCCAAUUCAAACUCAACGAGUUUGUGGUGAUUUAUUACCACAGGUAGACUAUAAGUUUUGUUCCUUACUGAGGGAGUGCUUUUCACAUCAUUGGAGCAUGAACGGAUUUGAUGUUUACAUCUCGAUUAAAAAAUUCUGAUAGCUUUUAUCAGAUUUUUCACUUCUUACUUCGUGAAACCUUACUCGCGAGUACAACUGGAAAGUGUAACAACAACUUCGUUUUUAUGGAAGUUGCUACUAUAGUAGUGUUUUUCUAACAUGCGAACCAAUAUUUACUAUCUUCUUUGACGUAACAAUAAAUAUGACUCCAUUUCUUUUACAACGAUGUUUCUGAUGAUUGUUCGUGGGUUUGUUU